AUGAGUGAUAAUAUCAAAGUAGUUGUAAAAGUCCGGCCUCUUAUUUCUCGUGAAUUAGAAGAGAAGCUGUUUUACCAGUGGCGAAUUAACAAUAACACAUUAUAUCAAAUAGAUCUAAAUGGAAAAGAUGUAGGUCCAAGUUAUACAUUCGAUAAAGUGUAUGACACUAAGACUAAAACCGAAGAUGUAUACAACGAUGUUGCCAAAAAUAUCGUUGAGGCCGCAACAAGAGGUUUCAACGGAACAAUAUUCGCCUAUGGUCAGACGUCUUCUGGGAAAACUUAUACGAUGACAGGCACCAAUGAAGCCCCAGGAAUAAUACCCCUCGCAGUAUUAAAUCUGUUUGAUAUUAUUAAAAGCAUACCUGACAGAGACUUUUUGGUCAGGGUUUCAUAUGUAGAAAUAUACAAUGAAUCUUUGAUAGAUCUGCUGGAUUUGAAAAAUAAAGUCAAAAUAAAAGAGACCCAUAGCGGUGUAAAAUUAUGCACCACUGAGAAACUUACGGUUACACCAGCAGAAGUGCUGGAAUUAAUGGAACAGGGUAAGGCAAACAGACAGACCGGCUCUACAAACAUGAAUGAGGAGAGUAGCAGAUCACAUUCAAUAUUUCAAAUUACAAUAGAAUCCCGGGAACACAUCGAAGGUGAGGAGGAAGUUGGUUCAGUGAAUGUGUCACAGUUGAAUCUUGUAGAUUUAGCGGGCUCGGAAAGAUCAGGACAAACUGGUGCAACCGGCAUACGGUUCAAAGAAGGGACACACAUCAAUAAAUCACUCUCGGUACUCGGUCUAGUCAUCAAACAACUGUCUGAAGAUCAAAAUAAACAUGUCAGCUACCGCGAUAGUAAAUUGACUCGGAUCUUACAAAAUUCUCUCGGAGGUAACGCGAAGACGAGUAUAAUUUGUGCUGUCACACCCGCGGCUGUUGAAGAAACUAUAUCCACAUUACAGUUUGCAAACCGCGCGAAAGCCAUCAAGAACACUCCGGCCGUAAACCUUGUGGCCACGAGCGCUACAAUGAUUCAAUCACUUACUAAACAACUAUCAUUGCUUAAAACAGAACUUGAGAUCAAAAAACAUGUUGAGGAAGACAACUGCAAUCUACAGAAACAAAUCGCGAAUCUUCAGAGGCUGAUCUUGAAUGGUUUCGGUCAGAACCGUAAUCCUGAUAUGAUAAGCAACGCUCGUAGGAAAUUACAUCAACCGCGACGAGUGACCAUAUCAACUUUACAUCCAAUACAAGAAGAUCCGCUUCCUAGUAUACCAAAAUUCUGUACUCCCAGCCUGAAAUAUAAUCCGUUGUCGCUAAACGUUCGUGAGUCAAUUCCAUCUGGAUCGUUUCUAACGCCGGUGUGUGAAGAACGCGCGGUCACGCCGCCCAACGUGCGCAUCGACGAAAUCAUUGAAAUUGACAGUGACGACGAAGAUUCAAGUGACGUUCAACUGUGUUCACCAUACCAUAGAUGUUUUCAAUCAAAAACUCCGCCUUGCAUCUUAAGGAAAACUGCUAAACAGGCUGAAAAGAACUUGAAAGACAUUGUUGAGCUAACAGAGAGAGAAAAGAUAUAUACACCAAAUAUUGUUGAACUCAUGGAGAAAUUAGAAGACAAGUCUUCAAUUAUAGGCAAACUAGAGGACGAUAUAGUCAAUUUAAACCGUAUUAGCAAUGAAAAGGACAAAGAAAUGGAGAGACUUAAAAGUACAAUUAAUGAAGCUGAAAAGAAAAUUAUCAAUAUUACCUCAAUUAAGGAGAAAUUAGAACAAACCUGCAAAGAAUAUAACACUAAGCUUACUGAUUGGGAAGUGAGCUAUGAAACAUUAAAGAAAAAAUCAAAGUGUAGAGAAGAUGAACUGUUAUCAUUACUUGAGGAAAAGAACAAUAAAAAUAAAAAUAAAGUUAUAGGUAAAUUAUCAUCAAAGGCAAUAGAGAGGGAACUCAAAAACUUUAUGGACCUAUCUAGAGAUAUAUCUUUAGUAAAUAGUAGUCUCGAAAGUAGUGUUAUGGAAACAGAACCGAGUCCUAAUUCAGAUUUGAAAGCACAGAUGACCUUAAAAGACCAGACCAUAGUAGAAUUAGAGGCGAAUCUACACUCACAGAAACUUAAAAUAGAUAGCUUACAGGAGAAAAACGAUAAAUUUAAAGAAAUUAUAUCAAAUUUGAAUGAAAAAGUGUCUCUAUUGGAAAAUGAAAACUUGCUGUUGAAGACUUCAAUGGAAAGUUUGAACAAUAUUAUUAGCGACCAAAAAUCUCUCCUUGACUCAGCCAAUGCGGAGAUUGAAUCUUAUAAUAACUUGAUUAAAGAACAACAAAAUAAUGUUACCAAAAAAGAUGUUUCAGCUAAAAAUAUGAGCGACUCAGAUCUGGAAGCUUUAAUAACAAACGAAGAACUGUUCCUGACGAAUAAUGAGAACAUGAAAAAUAUUGUACACUCACUCAAGGAGGCGUUGGCUAUACGAAAUGAGGAAAUAAAUAUACUUAAAACCAAUCUCAAUGAUAACAAAAAUCUUGAAGCGUUACAAGCAGAACUAGAAACCAAGAAAACUGAAAUUAAUUCACUUAAUAAUGAAAUUGAACGUCUUAAUAGCGAAUGUACCAAUAAUAUUUCUAUUAUAGACACUUUAUUACAAGAAAAGAGUAAUCUUAUUAACAUUGAACAGCAACUUACUGAGAAAUUAACAAGUAUUCAGGAAGAAAAGACUUUACUUGAAAAACAAAUAAAUGAGCAUAACGAUGACAUUAACAAACUCAAAGAGGCUAACAAUAAUUUGUCCUCAGAACUAAAUGAAAAAAUAUCUACAAUUAAAAAGGAAAAUGAUUGUAAGACCAGAGAUAUGUGCCAAAAAAUUAGUAAAUUAGAGAUUACUAUAAGAGAUAAAGAAGAAAUUAUAAAAAAACUGAAGAAUGAACAGAAUGAUACUCAAGAAAUUAUUGAUAAAGGAAAAUUAGGUUUGAAGAAAGUUCAAGAUAUCAUUAGUUUACUUAAAGGAGAAAUAAAUGAAAUUCCUGAUUACGUGGACAGUUUAGUAGCUGCUUUUAAUAGCUUGGGCGAUAAUCUAACAGUACUGGAAAAUAUAGCUAAAGAUAUAGUUAAAGAAAAGAAUGAUACACUCACUAAGCUCCAAAAAACUGAAAUGGAACUUAAAUUGCUUAACAAUAAAAUGAAGGAAUUGGACAACGAAAUAGACGAAUUCAACGACGAAUAUAGAAUAGCUGUAAUAGAAGAAAUAAAGGAAAAAGUAUUAAAACAAGACAUUGUCGACUGUGAAACGAAUAACUGUGAUAAAUUAGUAAAGAAAAUUAGUAAUCUCCUGCGUACUAUUAAAUCCGCACAAAAAGUUCUCAUACAGUCUAUUAACGAUAAGAGUUCGGAAUUAAAUGAAUGCAAAAUAUAUUGUGAAAAUAUAUCCAAAGACUUAGAGAGUGAAAAACAAACAAAUAAUACUCUGACGCAAGAAGUAAAUGCUUUAAUGAUUAGUCGUAUUGAGACUAUGAAGAACAUUCUAGAGAAAGUAACGAAUUUAUCUACAAAGUUUGGUAUUGAAAACGAAGUGUUAUGUAAUUUUAAUGAAGACUACGAAACGGGUUAUAAUUCUGUCAUAUUAAAAAUAGAUAAAAUAGAUAAUUGUAUCACAGUCCUUAAAUCGGAACAAUCAAAAUGUAACGAUGUCGAGAAUUCAUUAGGUGAUGCUAAAAACAAAAUCCUACAACUAAAUGAAGAAAAUAUAAAAUUGAAGAAAGGGAUAGCUGACUUAGAGGCAAAUAAAGCUCUUCUAUCAGAUGAAAUAAGAAAAGUUCAAGAAGAUAGCAAACAUCUAACCAAAGAUUUAAAGGAUACCAAUGAUUUAUUGAACCAUUUACGUGAAGAAUUAAGUAAUAAAUCCAGCGAAAUGGAUAUUAUUGAAAAUAAAGCUAAGAAUUGGAAAGAUAAAUUCAUUGAUCUCGAAGCUUUAAUGCAGGAUAAAAUGAAUAUUUUGGAAGCAGAAAACAUGUCACUGAAAUCAAAAUAUUCUGAUCUAGAACUUCGUCACAUACCACAGUUGAAUGAUAACGAGAGUUUGGCGUGUGGGGAUCGAGAAAGUUAUUCCAGCAAACAAUAUAAUUACAAACAAGUGAAUUCGCCACCGAGUCUAUUGACCAUAUGUUGUAAUAGAAUCGCAGAUGCUAUUGAUUUCAAUGAUGAUAAAUCAAUUACCUCGUCUAGUUCAUACACUGAUUACAAUGAAACCAAAUCGGACAAGUGCCAGUGCAAAGAUCUAUUAGCUGAUGUAGACAAACUAGUUGCAGAGAAACAUAAAUUAAACGCUACCAUUGACCGGCUACAGAACGAAAACGAUAUGCUAUUGAGAGAAAGGGAAGAAGUUCACAAAGAGGUACAGUUACUGUCAGAAAAUUCAUACGAAUUGCAAAAACGUGUUUUCAAUCAUCGUACCGUUCUAUCCACACUAACCGCGACAACAUACGCCGAGAAUAAAUCACUCAGUUCCCAAGUUAAGUUCUUACAACACCAACAUAAUAGGUUCCACCACGUCUGUCAAAAAGACAUACCGGCUUUUAAAAGGCAGUUACAAGAUCUUUUAGUAUUACUAAAGUCGGAAUGCCUAGGGAAACAUAACGAUAGCUUUAAACGAUACUCACUACCGAAUGCUUUAGACACGAGCUCAUUACACUCUACAUUCAAAAAUGAGUCCACUUUAGAUAAUGAUCUACUCAUGUUAGACACUAAUGUAACACUAACCACUUGCGACACAACUAUGACAGAACAUAAUCAAACGUGUUUCGAUGUAACACAAGUUUGCAUUUCGAGCGAUGUAGCCUGUCAGACAAGCUUUGACGAAGUGACUAAAACCUCAUUAUAUCCUCAGAUGGAUUUGGAACCGUUAGACGAGAAGAGAAUUACAGAAACAUUAGAAUCGCUUAAGAAUGAAAACGAUAAGUUGCGGGAAUUGGUAGACGAUUUCACUAAAAAUAAAUCGAAAGCUCUCGUUACAACGCUCACUAGUCCUAUCAAAAUACCGGACAUUCUGGAAGAUGCAUGUCCAAAAUGUGAUAAAUACUUGAACGACAUACGCCUCUCUAAUGAAUCACACAAGAACGAAAUCGAAGCUUUGUCAAAGAGAUUAAACGAUCUUGGACGCGAAAAAGAUGAAAUUUCCGAAAAAUAUCACAAUCUGACCUUGGAAAUACCAUCUAGUGAUGCCUUAGUAAGAAAGUUGACCGAUAUAGAAAAAAAAUAUCAGGUUAGUAUCAAUGAAAUUGAGAAACUUAACAUAACAAUUGAUAAAGCUAAUAAGAAGCUUAGCGUUUUGCAAGAAGAAAACGACAGCUUAUCUAAUGAAGUGAUGGAAAAGAUAGAGGAAAUUGAUGCUCUGAAGAAAGAACAGGAUAAUUUAAGAGAUAACAUAAAAAUAAAUGAGGAAUGUCUAAAUAAAGCAGUAGAUUUAGAAUUUCAAAAUAAGACUGUUUGUGAAAACUGUGCCUUAAAAGAGGAGACGAUAAAUUCAUUGCGAAAUAGAAUACUAACGGCCGAGACACAUUCGAGGCUGGAUAGAAGUUAUAGCGAUCAAGAUAGUUCAUCUAGAUAUAAUAAAAUAUGCACGUUGCAGAACGAAUUGCACGCAGGCAAAGAAGAUUGUAUAGAAUUAAAAGAAGAAGUUACCACUAUAAAGAAACACUUGGAACAUAGCAAUUUAUCAAUGACACAAAAUUUAGAUUUGGAUGAAAGUAUUAUUGACACGCACAUGUAUAGCUUUAAUAAAGAUUACGGGAAUGCUAAUGAAAAUAAAUUCGAUGCAUCCAAAGUUACUGAAGGGCAAGUUGUCGACGUAUACUUCUGUGAUAAGACUGACUGUCUCAAUUAUUAUUCCGAAAAAACUGGUGCUAAAAUAGGAAGUCUGAAUUCUGAAUAUAAAAUCAUAGAUGUUAUGAAGAUGUUGUUUGAAGAUUUUUCAAUCAAACACGCAAAUGAGGUCGAAAACUUGCUUAAUAAACUUAAAGAUCUCGAUGAAGAAAAAAGUGAUCUUCAGAUACGAAUGAAUAAACUCGUUAACGAACAAUCUGGUGUAGUGAAGGCGCUUAAAGAAAAGGAUGGAUACUUGCAGAGAUUUGCUCAUGUUGUAUCUGAUGUACGAAAUAACAUUAGUGGGAUAAAUGAUAAACCAAAGACUGAAGAAGCAAUGGUUGCUUUUAGGAAUACGGUUUUAAAGGUGGUUGAUACGGAAUUUGGACUUACUAGUUCUGAAACUUUUGAAGCUAUCAUAAAUAAACUCAAUAAAAACCAUGAGAAGGAUUUAAAGAAAAAUGCGGAAGAAAUUUCUCAACUGAAGGAGCAUAUACAAAGCAUGAUCGCUGAGUCGAUUACUAUUAACGAAAAUUUACAAGCCUUAAAGUCUCAGCUAACUGAAAAAGAGUCAAGUUAUGAUUUGCUUCAGAGGCAAAAAGAUAAAAUGUUUGAAAUUAGUAAUGCAGUUACAAUAGAUAUAAUUAAAAAAGAUAAAGAUUUAAGGGACCAAUUAUCUCAUUACUAUCGCAGGCUGCUAGAUGAUAAUAUUAUAAAAGAAGAAAUUGAUUCAUCUCUACCGAUUGAUCAAUUUUUGGACAAAUUAUUUAAUAGUGUAUUAAACACUGAAUUGGCGGAUCGCAAACUUGAAGUUGAUACGGAAUUAGAAAACUUAAGAAGUAGUCUUCAACUGAAAGAUAAAGAAACGCAGUCGCUGGCAGAUGAGAUGAAGAGAAAAGCCUUGGAAUAUGAAAACAAUAUAGCAGAUCAGGUCUCACUGCACGCUGAUUUAAAACAGAUAUACGAACAGAAAGUUAAAGAGAACGAAAUUAACACAAACACAAUCAGUAGAUUAACAGAAGAAGUAAAUCUACUGAAAGAGAAUGUUUCUAAUAAAGAAAAAACUAUUGAAUCGUUAGAGAAGAAACAAAGCGAGCAUUUCACGCAACAGCAAGCUAAAGAGUUAGAAUUGAUCAAAAGUUUACAAACUUGCCAAAAGGAAUUAAACGUUCUGAGUUCUGUCAACCAAAUACUUCUAAAAGAAAAGGAAACAUCCGCCGUUGAAAUGGAAAAUCUUAAAAAAUUAUUAUGUGACCAGGUACUUGAUAUUGAAAAAAUGACAACGGAAAUGGAAUAUUUGAAACGAACAGUACGUGAAAGCGCUAGUGUCAUUGAGAGUUUGAAUCUUAAAUCCGACACGUUGCUAGAAGAAAAUGAGCUGCAAACUCAAAAGGCUGAAAUUGAUAAAGCAAACAUUGAAAAGGAAACACAAAUCGAAGAAAUGACGUUAAAAUAUAAAUCAUUGGAAGAGGAAAAUCAAAAACUAAGCACUGAAAUACAGACGUCCAAAGAAGAAAAUCAAAAGUUGAAAGAAUUGAAGCAAACUUUGGAGUUGAAAAUAAAGGAGCUACAAUCGAUUGAAACAAAGCCAAGAGCGUCUAUGGACUGCGUGUCGGAAGCGACAAGGCGUCGUCGGCAGAGCAUUCAAGACUCUAAGAGGAUGUUCUCUGAAGAUAUCGAAGAUCAUAAUAAACUCGAGGCAAUGUUCAAAUCGAAAUCAAAACCGGACGAUUUGUUUAUGGAUGUUGAUGAAGAUAGCUCCAGUAGAAGCACACCAAUUAGACUUAUUAGAGGACGAGACAGUCUACUCUCUAAACACGACCAGAGUGAUACGAAUGAAGAACAUUCCCGUCCAAGCAGCGUAGCAGCAAGCCGGCGACGGCGGCAGAGUGCUUACGAUCUUCAACGUAGUGUGCAACAUAAUGAACAACAUGUUGCAGAUCAUUCACACGAAUCGUCCGGGAGUUUAGAUAGUGAAGCGGCUCACUUUAAGCGGUUGUUGGUUUUGUGCCAGCGCGAGUUGGAAGAAUUGCGUGAAAGAUUCAAGGAGGUUGAUGAAGAGUGCGACAUUUGUGCCGCGUACCUGAGAGAGAGAGACGAACAGUGUGGCAGGCUUAAGAAGGAAAAGACGGCUUUAGAGAAAACAAUCAUGGAACUGAGAGAUAAGAUGAAAACAAUGACUCCUAACGACAGUACGAAUAUUAAGAGCACAUUCAAAGAUGUUGCAGUUAAUACUGAAGAAGAUUGGACGAAUUUACAUUCAGUGGUUGUGGAUCGGAUGUCCUACGACGCUGAAGUUGAAAAGAACAAGAGGUUGAUGAAAACUAUUGAAGAAUUGAGAUACAAGAAACAAGAUCUCAAGAAUACUAUGACCAAGAUGCAGAAGGCCUUAGAAAGAAAUACAAGUAAAGACAGCCAAGAGUUUGAAUCUAUGAAAGUCGAGCUAACUGCCUGCAAGCGGGAGUUGGAAGAACUUAAAGAAAGUUACAAAGCACUCGACGAGGAAUGUGAAACGUGCGCCGAAUAUUUACGAGAAAGAGAACAACAGUGUGUGAAGUUGAAGGAGGCUAAGGCUGCCUUGGAGGCCAAGUUAGAAGAAUACCAACAAUCCAGUAUUGUACAGUCUGUACGUAAGCGACGCCAAACUCUACACGAUCAAAACAGACUCACGCCGCAACGGAUAGAUGUCGCUACUGAAACUAGUGAUGAUUUAUUGAGUUACCAAGUGGAGAAGGAUAAUUCCGAAUUGAAUGUCGAAGAUUCUAAAGAAAUUAAGAGGCUUAAAAUGGUUGUUGAAAAACUGUCUCAACAGAAGAGUUCAUUGGAGCAGCAGAUAGCAUCUGUUGGAACACAAUAUGUGGCCACUGGAAGUGCUAUUGUACAAAACCAACAACUCUCAGAUGUUAUGAAAGAAAAUCAAAAACUGAAGAAAAUGAAUGCGAAACUUGUGACACUCUGCAAGAAACGAGGAAAAUCAAUAGACUCAAACAGAGAGAAUGAGGACCCUACACAACAAAAUGUGAAGAAAUAA